AUGUCUUCCUUUCAGAGGGCAACUCGCGUCCGAAUGGGCCACCGCAACGAGGAUUGCGGUGAAGAGCGAAUGGACCUCGGACACCUUUAUGCAUAUACUCGCCCAACAUAUGAAUACCGCCUGUCAUUCAAUGCUACCCAGAGACAACGUGUUCACCCCAACUUGGCGCGUGAACAAAAGGCGUUGUUAUCUCUCUACUCACCACCCUACACCACAACUUGUUGGCACAACAUGGGCAUCGUCUCUUUUUUCAGCGGGCUCGCCGAUCCUUUACUUUCCCUUGGUUAUUUGCUGUAUCUCUUAGGUUGGGAUGCUGGCCUACACCUAUCAAACUACAUCCUUCCUAAGAAGCAGCCCGGAGCUGUUAUAGCAAAGGGUGUGGGUGGCCAUGGAGGGAAAUGGGGAGAAUUCCGACCUCCUGGCCCGGACGACGCACGCUCACCUUGUCCGGCGAUCAAUGCAUUGGCCAAUCACGGUGUUUUGCCUCGUAACGGGAAAGGAAUAACAUGGCAAGCUAAUUGCUGGAAAGAGCUGGGCGAAGCCGUAGGUGCUACCUACAACCUCUCUCCAACUCUUUGCAUCCAAGUUCCUUGGCUUACUGCCAAGUUCUUGUUCGCGGGACGGGACUGGGAAGGGAAGAUGACCCUGGAUGAUCUCAAUGCGCAUGGCGCAAUUGAGCAUGACGCCAGCUAUACUCGCGCCGAUAUCAAGUGGCAGCCCAACCAAGGAGUGCCAGACGUGGAUAUUAUCCGUGGGUUGUACGAGACGGCGGGAUUCGACAUGGAUAAACUCAGACCCACGGACACCUUCAAGUUGGAGCACUUCUCGAAGUAUCUUGCUUACAGGAGAGCCCACUCCAAGGUUUUUAAUAACCAAUAUAUUAUGAACCGAAAUGGCAAGACGUUCGGUUGUGCCAAUUCGGCAAUUGCUUUUGAUGUUUUCGGAGGUAAUGCCGCGGACCUCAAAACAUGGUUUAUAGAGGAGCGUAUGCCAGAUGGCUGGGAACCCAGAAACCUGACCAGGAAUGGGUUUACCAUUGCAAGGCUAAACACGUUGUACGUAUCUCCCUCUACCUCUCGACCGCACCCCGUUGCCCCUGUCCGGUCCACGGGAGGCACUUCCGACCCCCAUUAUUUAUCGCUAAAUCAAAGUUAUGUGCUGAUGCCUAUCUUGACAGGGUUUUCCAAAUCGAGCGAGGCAUUUCGCGCGAGGGAAAUUUAG